AUGACCCAGAAAACAGCCCCAGGCGACACUACUAGUCAACCUACUUCACAAGCAACUUCUUUAGAUUCGCUCCUCAAAAUCAUAAACGAACUCCGUGCAGAAGUCCAAGCACUAAAAACAGAAUUCAAAGCGGACAUAAGUCGCAUCAAGUCGGAUACUAGCCUUGCAAGAGACUUAGCAACAACGGCCAUGGACUCCUUUACAACCUUGAAUGCACUUGUGGACAACAUCGAUCAGAAAGUUGAAGAUACGAGUCGUGACGUCGCCAAGAACACAAGAGAACUAAAGAAAAUGACUGCCGCCAAUGAGCCAAUCAUUUCACUACCAAACGAUGACGCUGACGAACAACAGUCCAUCACGUCAGACAUUACCAGGAAUACAGAGAGAACUAGCAUUCCUGACCCAGAAUUAGAAACACCAGGAAACAUGAGUGGCAAUACUUCUAUGAGAGAUUUCACUCCAGUUUCCCAAAUCCCUUCCAUCAAACUGGACUCCAAUACCACCUCGUUUUUGAAUACAUUUGAAUGGUCGGAGAAAGGAAAGAAAAUUUACGAUGUGGGGAAAAUUGAGAAAGAGAUCCCACAAAUUAUGAACCCCAAGCAAUCCGUAGAAGACGAGUUCAAUAAGAGAUAUCAACACUUACAUCAGUUAGGAGAUGAAGACAGAACUCACAACCAACAACGGAGCUACGAGAAAUUCGACAAAAGUCAAUUCCCGAACUGGAAAGAAAUCCAUUCUUUAAAUGAUUUCUCGACGUGGUUAAGAGACUUAUUAAAAUACAAAUUCGAUUACGGUAUUCCUGAUGCAUUGUUAAGAACAACAAUAGUGGAAGCAGCAGCGAAACCGAAGAAUGACAAAUUGAAGAACUGGGUAGCCAUUGCCACUGAAUCCAAUGAUCUUCAGAAUACAUUUCCCAUUGAAUACAAAUACAUUAUCGGGCCUUUGAAGAAAGAGAUUGUGUCUGAAAAGCCCAAAGACAUCGUGACUCAAGUCGAAAACAUAUUUGACCGACACGGAGACGAUUUAGAAACCUUAAUGAUGAGCCUUGAUGCGCGAUUAAGUUUCCAUUUAAAGAAAGGUGGGAACAGUGUGACAAUUGAACGUCGUCAAUGGAUCAAGAUUUGGAAAUUCAUUUGGAAAGAAGUUCCUGCUUUCAUGGAAGCCUUGCGAAUCCGUUGGGGAGUACAUAAGACUUAUGAAUUUAAUCAAUUAAAAUACAUUGAAUUUUUGGAUGAAGAAUUUUUAGAUGACGACGACGAAUGUGAUAUUGACUUUGAAACCAUUUGGAACAAACUCGGCACAGAUAUCUACAAAAUUUUCUCGACCCAUACCUUCAGUAAUCAAGAUCGAUUAACAACUUCAGCUAAGGCAAAGCACUCCAAGAAACCAAAAAACCCAGAAGUGAAAACUACAACAACACCACCCACAACUCCAGCACGAGGAAAUUGUCUAGGUUGUGGUGAACCCGGCCACAUGAUGCUUUCAUGUCCACUCCUUAAAGAAGCACUUGCAUCCAAGAAAUUAUGCUUGAAAGAUGGGAAAGUUCAUGACACCGACGGUAAACCCCUUCCUGUCAGAAGAGGUCAAACCCUCAAAACAAGAUAUCCAAAAUUGUUCCCAGCAAAUAAUACUGGAGACACCCAAUAA